AAAUUAAUUUAUAAAAUUAGGAAAUUUAAAAUAAGUUUCCAGAUUUAAAAGCGCAUAAUUAGUGAUUGAUGAAACCGAGUUUCGUAAAACUGUCAUAUACAUUGGUACCUGUUAACACGGAACUAUAGGUUGAAAACAGUUUAAACUUCACUUUGUUCAGUAUAUGCAAGCGAACUGUGGUUCAUACGAAUCGUGUUUAACUAUACAGUCUACAAACGAGGUAUAUACUGUGCCAAUAUCUAGCAUCACCAGUCUGGUAAUUAAUUAGGCUUAAUCGUUAAGUUGUUUCAAUUAACUAUACUUUAACAUAACGCAGAUCACUGUAGGGGUUAUUUCAAUUACUAUUGGUCAUUAUGAAGUGCAUUUGGUUUGUGUUGCUUGUAGAGGUUAUGAGCGUAGUUGAUUCACAUCGACCACUGACCAACGAGGGGAGUUAUGAACUAUCUCUGUCUUCCAAAAAAGCUAAAACAAAGGCAGAGAUAGGCUACAUGAUGUGCUUGCCCAAAGUUCCGGAUUACGUUAACGCAACAGCAAGACCGAGCAACCCAUCUUUGCCCCACAAGUUCAACGUGACCAUUCUUGAAAUUAAGAGAGGAAGCUUUGUAGUUGAAAUAAAUCGAAUUGAUCAAGCUAUAGGUUGGGAUAGGAUGCCGAUAACUGUGGAUUGGUCCUCGUAUAUAGGUAAAGGAUUGUUUUAUCAGAAUCUGAUCCUUUGGUUUCCUGAUGCUGCAGAUAUAAAAGAAAUGACCCUUAACACAGCAUCGAAGUCCUGCAUUGACAAUGGCGGUCGAUUGGUGGAUAUUGUGGAUAAAGCGAUGUACGACGUGGUUUAUAAUUACAGUCGACAAACCAUCGUAUUCGGAUCAAAUCCUUGGGUUGAUAUUUGGCUCGGUUUAAGUUACAACACAACGACUGAUACAGUGACGCAGAGCAACGGGAAACCUGGUUAUAAUGGAGGUUGGUAUCCUUAUAAUGCUCCGGCUAGAGGAAGUGGAACCGAGACGUACACUGGAUUGUUUCUUCGCAUCGUACAACCGAGUUCAACCAGCAUCUUGCACGGAGUGCUUAAUGAUUCCCCGACAUCGCCUUAUACCGCUACACAAUUAUGUUCAACCUAAUAACUUAGUUAGCAUAAGUUGGAUGGCGAAUGAAUUAAUAUUUAAAUGGAUGAAUGUAACGUAUAUAUACAAGGGUCGAAUUA